CAGCUCAGCGCCCAGGCCGUGCCGGUGCGCCGCAGAUUCCGGCCAGGGUGAGCAGAGGAGCCAUGGCCACCACUAACGGGGCCGUGGAAAACGGACAGCCGGACAGGAAGCCGCCUGCCCUGCCGCGCCCCAUCCGCAACCUGGAGGUCAAGUUCACCAAGAUAUUUAUCAACAAUGAAUGGCAUGAAUCCAAGAGUGGAAAAAAGUUUGCCACAUAUAACCCUUCAACUCUAGAGAAAAUAUGUGAUGUGGAAGAAGGAGAUAAGCUUGAUGUGGACAGGGCCGUGGAGGCUGCACAGGCCGCCUUCCAGAGGGGCUCACCAUGGCGCCAGAUGGAUGCCCUUAGCCGGGGCCGCCUGCUGCACCAAUUGGCUGACCUUGUAGAGAGGGACCGUGCUAUCCUGGCUACCCUGGAGACGAUGGACACGGGGAAGCCAUUCCUUCAUGCCUUUUUUAUCGACCUGGAGGGCUGUAUUAAAACCCUCAGAUACUUUGCUGGUUGGGCAGAUAAGAUCCAGGGCAAGACCAUCCCCACAGAUGAUAAUGUUGUGUGCUUCACCAGGCAUGAGCCCAUCGGCGUAUGUGGGGCCAUCACUCCAUGGAACUUUCCCCUGCUGCUACUGGUAUGGAAGCUGGCGCCUGCCCUGUGCUGUGGGAACACUGUGGUCCUAAAGCCGGCAGAGCAGACGCCCCUCACCGCCCUGUAUCUUGGCUCUCUGAUCAAAGAGGUUGGGUUCCCUCCAGGUGUAGUGAACAUCGUGCCAGGAUUUGGGCCUACAGUGGGAGCAGCAAUUUCUUCUCACCCUCAGAUCAACAAGAUAGCUUUCACUGGGUCCACACAGGUUGGAAAGCUGGUUAAAGAAGCUGCCUCUCGGAGCAAUCUGAAGAGGGUGACACUGGAGCUUGGGGGAAAGAACCCCUGUAUUGUGUGCGCUGAUGCCGACUUGGACUUGGCAGUGGAGUGUGCCCAUCAGGGAGUGUUCUUCAACCAAGGCCAGUGCUGCACGGCUGCCUCCAGGGUGUUCGUGGAGGAGCAGGUCUAUACAGAGUUUGUCAGGCGGAGUGUGGAGUACGCCAAGAAAAGGCCCGUGGGAGACCCCUUUGAUGUCAGGACUGAGCAGGGGCCCCAGAUUGAUCAAAAGCAGUUCGACAAAAUCCUCGAGCUGAUCGAGAGUGGGAAGAAUGAAGGGGCCAAGCUGGAAUGUGGGGGCUCCACCCUGGGAGACAGGGGCUUCUUCAUCACACCCACUGUCUUCUCAGAAGUUACAGACAACAUGCGGAUUGCCAAAGAGGAGAUUUUUGGACCAGUGCAAACAAUACUAAAGUUCAAAAAUAUGGAAGAAGUGAUAAAAAGAGCAAACAGCACUGACUAUGGACUCACAGCAGCUGUGUUCACACAAAACCUCGACAAAGCCCUGAAAUUGGCUUCUGCGUUAGAAUCUGGAACGGUCUGGAUCAACUGCUACAAUGCCAUCUAUGCACAGGCUCCAUUCGGUGGCUUUAAAAUGUCGGGAAAUGGCAGAGAACUAGGUGAAUAUGCUUUGGCCGAAUACACAGAAGUGAAAACCGUCACCAUCAAACUUGGUGACAAGAACCCCUGA